AUGAUUGAAGACCUCCUCGCCGGGAUGUCCCCUGGCCGGGCAGCACUAUGGCUCCUAGGGCUGUUCGUCGCCUUUUGCGUAUUCCGCAAGGUGCAAGCUGCUGUCCAAAUCUCUCGCCUUGGUGCGAGAGCUCCAAAGAUUCGAUUCCGUCUUCCAUAUGCCCUCGACUUCAUCUAUAAAGGCCACCAGGCUAACCUGGUGAAUCGUGAUAUUGAAUUCUGGGAUCAAACUAUCAUGAAUGCAGGUGGCCAGACCAAUGUGAAGACCGCCGAGCUGGAUGCCGGCAUCUCGACCCGUGCCAUCAUGACCAAAGACCCCGAAAACAUCAAGGCUCUUCUCACCGGCCAGUUCGCUGAUUACGGCAAGGGCGAGCCAUUCCACAAGGAUUGGAAAGAGUUCCUCGGCGACAGCAUCUUCGCCACAGACGGGGAGCUAUGGUCUCGCUCCCGGCAGCUCAUCCGCCCUAUGUUCGCUCGCGAGCGCAUUGUAGAUACAGAGAUCUUCGAGAAGCACGUGCAAAAGCUAAUUCCGCUCCUCGGUGGUAGUCACUCUCCCAGCAGCAGCAGGGUUGUGGAUGUUGGCUCUCUCUUCUUCCGGUACACCCUCGACGCAGCAACCGAUUACCUUCUCGGUCAAGGCACAGACAGUCUCGAAAAUCCAGCCACUCGCUUUGCUGAAGCCUUCAGAUAUGUGCAGCAACGUCAAGCUGAGCUUUUCCGCUUUGGAGUCUUCAGCUUCGCCAUGUCACGCACGGAGUUCCGUAAGAACCUCAAGAUAAUGGAUGACUUCAUCCAGCCCUACAUUGAAACAGUCCUAUUCCUCUCUACCGACGAACUCGACCAAAAGCUCUCCAAGCGCGAGACCUUCCUAGACGCUCUCGCCCGAUUCACCCGUGACCCAAGAGUCCUACGAGACCAACUCGUAGCCGUCCUCUUAGCCGGCCGAGACACAACUGCUGGAACCCUAUCCUUCUGCCUCUUCGAACUAUCUCGCAACCCAGAAGUCGUUGCCAAAAUGCGCCAGGAAAUCCGCGAUCGUCUAGGCGUAGGCGCCAACAGCCAAAAGCCCACCUACACUGAUCUCAAGGAAAUGAAAUACCUAAACGCAGUCCUACACGAGACAAUGCGCGUCUACCCAGUCGUCCCUUUCAACGUUCGCUACUCCCUCCGCGACACAACUCUCCCACGCGGCGGCGGCCCAGACGGAAUGGCACCAGUAGGCGUGCGCGCCAACUCUCGAGUUAUCUACUCGACAAUGUUGAUGCAACGAGAUCCUGAUCUAUAUGACGGCCCCGACUCGGAGAACUACUUCGACCCCGCGAAGUGGAUUCCGGAGCGGUGGGUUUCAAACUGGCAGCCCAGGCCGUGGCAUUUUAUUCCGUUCAAUGGUGGCCCACGGAUUUGUAUUGGGCAGCAGUUUGCUACUAUUGAGAUGGGGUACACUCUUAUUCGGAUCUUGCAGGCUUAUGAGCGUAUUAUUGCGUUGCCUGUUAAUGGAAAGGAGAAGGUUGAGGAUCCAGUGCUUCGGUUUGAGGUUACGCUUAGUCCGGGCUCUGAGUUGAAUUGUGUUUUCCUCAAGGAGGGGGAGGACGUGAUGCCUGCUUCUAAGGAGUAUUAG